AUGCUGCUUGUGGAACGGGAAUUGACGGCGCGCGGCGGGCUCGAGGAACAAUCGCCGCCUGCGAGGAAAGUCGCUUCUGCCGCGAGGAUGACUUCGUGCUCGCGUGCUUUCCAAAAUGACUCCGCCUCUGUGGGUACAAGUGGCACGUUCGCGUGCUAUUAG